UCGCUUCUAUAAAUACUACUGCAUGUACUCCGAGCAAGCAUUGGUUCACGAGACAACAGCAGAGCUGUACAAUUCUGAAGAGCUAUUUCUUUCUUAAUAAUUACAUCUACCUUUUUCUUGCUUGAUUCAUAUAUUUGACAAGACAUUUAGACUGAGAUAAACAUGCAGAUCUUUGUAAAGACCUUAACGGGCAAGACCAUUACAUUGGAAGUGGAGGCUUCUGACACCAUUGAAAAUGUCAAGGCCAAGAUCCAGGACAAGGAAGGCAUACCGCCGGACCAGCAGAGGUUGAUCUUUGCAGGCAAGCAACUCGAAGAUGGUCGUACACUGUCCGACUACAACAUUCAAAAGGAAUCUACUCUUCACCUUGUGCUGCGACUUCGUGGUGGUAUGCAGAUUUUCGUAAAGACCUUAACGGGCAAGACUAUUACAUUGGAAGUGGAGGCUUCUGACACCAUUGAAAAUGUCAAGGCCAAGAUCCAGGAUAAGGAAGGCAUACCGCCGGACCAGCAGAGGUUGAUCUUUGCAGGCAAGCAACUCGAAGAUGGUCGUACGCUGUCCGACUACAACAUUCAAAAGGAAUCUACCCUUCACCUUGUACUGCGACUUCGUGGUGGUAUGCAGAUUUUCGUAAAAACCUUAACGGGCAAGACUAUUACAUUGGAAGUGGAGGCUUCUGACACCAUUGAAAAUGUCAAGGCCAAGAUCCAGGACAAGGAAGGCAUACCGCCGGAUCAGCAGAGGUUGAUCUUUGCAGGCAAGCAACUCGAAGAUGGUCGUACGCUGUCCGACUACAACAUUCAAAAGGAAUCUACCCUUCACCUUGUACUGCGACUUCGUGGUGGUAUGCAGAUUUUCGUAAAAACCUUAACGGGCAAGACUAUUACAUUGGAAGUGGAGGCUUCUGACACCAUUGAAAAUGUCAAGGCCAAGAUCCAGGACAAGGAAGGCAUACCGCCGGACCAGCAGAGGUUGAUCUUUGCAGGCAAGCAACUUGAGGAUGGUCGUACACUGUCAGAUUACAAUAUACAAAAGGAGUCGACGCUUCACCUUGUGCUGCGACUUCGUGGUGGUAUGCAGAUUUUCGUAAAAACCUUAACGGGCAAGACUAUUACAUUGGAAGUGGAGGCUUCUGACACCAUUGAAAAUGUCAAGGCCAAGAUCCAGGACAAGGAAGGCAUACCGCCGGACCAGCAGAGGUUGAUCUUUGCAGGCAAGCAACUCGAAGAUGGUCGUACACUGUCCGACUACAACAUUCAAAAGGAAUCUACCCUUCACCUUGUGCUGCGACUUCGUGGUGGUAUGCAGAUCUUUGUAAAGACCUUAACGGGCAAGACUAUUACAUUGGAAGUGGAGGCUUCUGACACCAUUGAAAAUGUCAAGGCCAAGAUCCAGGACAAGGAAGGCAUACCGCCGGACCAGCAGAGGUUGAUCUUUGCAGGCAAGCAACUUGAGGAUGGUCGUACACUGUCAGAUUACAAUAUACAAAAGGAGUCGACGCUUCAUUUGGUGUUGCGACUUCGUGGUGGUAUGCAGAUUUUCGUAAAGACCCUAACGGGAAAGACUAUUACAUUGGAAGUGGAGGCUUCUGACACCAUUGAGAAUGUCAAGGCUAAGAUCCAGGACAAGGAAGGCAUACCGCCGGAUCAGCAGAGGUUGAUCUUUGCAGGCAAGCAACUCGAAGAUGGUCGUACGCUGUCCGACUACAACAUUCAAAAGGAAUCUACCCUUCACCUUGUAUUGCGACUUCGUGGUGGUAUGCAGAUUUUCGUAAAAACCUUAACGGGCAAGACUAUUACAUUGGAAGUGGAGGCUUCUGACACCAUUGAAAAUGUCAAGGCCAAGAUCCAGGACAAGGAAGGCAUACCGCCGGAUCAGCAGAGGUUGAUCUUUGCAGGCAAGCAACUCGAAGAUGGUCGUACGCUGUCCGACUACAACAUUCAAAAGGAAUCUACCCUUCACCUUGUACUGCGACUUCGUGGUGGUAUGCAGAUUUUCGUAAAAACCUUAACGGGCAAGACUAUUACAUUGGAAGUGGAGGCUUCUGACACCAUUGAAAAUGUCAAGGCCAAGAUCCAGGACAAGGAAGGCAUACCGCCGGAUCAGCAGAGGUUGAUCUUUGCAGGCAAGCAACUCGAAGAUGGUCGUACGCUGUCCGACUACAACAUUCAAAAGGAAUCUACCCUUCACCUUGUACUGCGACUUCGUGGUGGUAUGCAGAUUUUCGUAAAAACCUUAACGGGCAAGACUAUUACAUUGGAAGUGGAGGCUUCUGACACCAUUGAAAAUGUCAAGGCCAAGAUCCAGGACAAGGAAGGCAUACCGCCGGACCAGCAGAGGUUGAUCUUUGCAGGCAAGCAACUUGAGGAUGGUCGUACACUGUCCGACUACAACAUUCAAAAGGAAUCUACCCUUCACCUUGUGCUGCGACUUCGUGGUGGUAUGCAGAUUUUCGUAAAGACCUUAACGGGCAAGACUAUUACAUUGGAAGUGGAGGCUUCUGACACCAUUGAAAAUGUCAAGGCCAAGAUCCAGGACAAGGAAGGCAUACCGCCGGACCAGCAGAGGUUGAUCUUUGCAGGCAAGCAACUUGAGGAUGGUCGUACACUGUCAGAUUACAAUAUACAAAAGGAGUCGACGCUUCAUUUGGUGUUGCGACUUCGGGGUGGCAAUUAAAUUUUAUCCAUUAUGUCUAAUUUAUUUAUUUGAAAUUAAAUAAAUGUAAGUUUUUAUGGUAUUAAA